UUCCCCAAUCUAAAGCUCCAUCUCCAUCAAAAACCUACAAGCCACACAAUCAAAGUCGUGCAGAGAGAUUCCUUUUGUUACUUUAAACGAAUGGCUGUCUUGAGACAGAAAGCCAGCAUGUCUAUUGCAUGAUGAGCUUAUGCUCCCACGGCAGGCUUUCUUUUUGUAUAUACUAAGAUCUCUUAGCUUUUACUUCAUUCGAUUGCCUGCUGCGAAUUGAUCUCUUAUCAUGGCAAUAGAAUACUCUUCUUGUGAUGAUGAUGGGCGUCCGCUAAGAACUGGAACGUUAUGGAGUUGCGUGGCGCAUAUAAUUACUGCUGUUAUUGGGUCAGGAGUUUUAUCUUUGGCUUGGAGCACAGCGCAGUUAGGAUGGAUUGCAGGGCCAGUUUCCUUGCUCUGCUUCGCAAUUGUUACCUAUAUUUCUGCAUUUCUCCUGUCAGAUUGUUAUAGGUCUCCUGACCCUGUUACUGGAUCACGAAACUACUCUUACAUGGAUGCUGUUAGAGUAAAUCUAGGAAGUGUUCAGACAUGGUGUUGUGGUUUGCUUCAAUACUUGAGCAUGUAUGGGACUGGUAUUGCUUAUGUUAUUACUACUUCAACCAGCAUGAGAGCAAUACAAAUGUCAAAUUGUUACCACAGAGAAGGGCAUAAAGCUGCAUGUAAAUAUGAGAAUACAAUGUUCAUGCUUGUUUUUGGAUUGAUUCAAAUAGUAGCAUCACAAAUUCCCAAUUUCCAUGAAAUGGAAUGGCUCUCAGUAAUUGCAGCAAUUAUGUCCUUCGCCUAUUCUUUUAUAGGCUUUGGUCUUGGUUUUGCAAGAGUAAUAGAAAAUGGGAGGAUUGAGGGAAGUAUUAGUGGAGUCCCAGCUGCCAAUGUUGCUGAUAAACUCUGGUUAGCCUUUGAAGCACUUGGAGAUAUUGCUUUUGCCUAUCCAUACUCUCUUAUUCUUCUUGAGAUCCAGGACACGCUGAAGUCACAUCCACCAGAGAACAAGACCAUGAAGAAGGCCUCAAUGGUUGCAGUAUUUAUUACAACAUUCUUUUACCUGUGCUGUGGAUGCUUUGGCUAUGCAGCCUUUGGAAACAAAACUCCUGGAAAUCUCUUGACAGGAUUUGGGUUUUUUGAACCUUAUUGGCUCAUUGAUUUUGCAAAUGUUUGCAUUGUUCUUCAUCUGGUUGGAGGAUAUCAGAUAUACAGCCAGCCAGUGUUUGCAUUUGUGGAAGGUUGGUUUGGCAAGAAAUACCCAAGAAGCUGGUUUAUCAAUAAAUUUUACCCUUUAAAACUCCCACUGAUUCCUCCUCUUCAAAUGAAUCCUUUGAGGCUGUGUUUUAGAACAGUCUAUGUUGCUUCAACAACAGCCCUUGCAAUGGUCUUCCCUUAUUUCAACCAAGUUUUAGGAGUUCUUGGGGCUUUGAACUUUUGGCCUUUGGCUAUUUAUUUUCCAGUGGAAAUGUACUUUGUACAGAAGAAAAUUGGGGCUUGGACAAGAAAAUGGAUUGUUCUUAGGACUUUUAGCUUUGUUUGCUUUCUGGUCACGGUUAUGGGCUUAAUUGGGUCCAUUCAAGGGCUUAUUAGUGCUAAACUUGCCUAAUUAAGUAGAGACUUCUUAGUCUGUCCUUAAUUAUAUGUGUUUUAAUUUCAGUAGAAAAAAUAUAAUUGCAUUAUAUUUUCUUAA